AUGCGCGCUCCCACACCCGCCCUCCUCCUCAUCCUUCUCGCCGCCCUCUGCGCGUUCCCCCCACGCGCCGCCCCGAAGUCCACAAUCGACCCCUGCUCGGACUCCGGCGUCUGCUCGGCCCUGGUGGGCUACACCCUCUACACCGACCUGAAGGUCUCCCAGGUGGCCUCCCUCUUCGCCGUCGACCCCAUCGCCCUCCUCCUCGCCAACGCCUUCGAUGCCUCCAUCCCCGACGUCGAGAACCACAUCCUCCCCUCCGACCUCCUCCUCAAGGUCCCCGUCCGCUGCGCCUGCCUCAACGGCAUCCGCCAGGCCGCCGGCGUCACCUACCGCACCCUCGCCUCCGACACCGCCGCCUCCAUCUCCGGCGGCGUCUACGGCGGCCUCGUCUCCCCCGACCAGAUCUCAUCCGCCAACCCACACGCCGGCAUCACAGACGCCGUCAUCCCCGCCGGGACCCAGCUGAGCAUCCCUCUCCCCUGCACCUGCUUCAACAACACAGACAACAACUUGCCGGCGGUCUACAUGUCCUAUGUGGUGAACGGAAGUGCAGAUACCCUUUCUGGAAUCGCCGCCAGUUACCAGACCACGGUGACUGAUUUGAUGAAUGUCAACAAUAUGGCAAGUCAGGAUCUUGAGGGCGGUGAUAUUCUUGCUAUCCCCUUGUCUGCUUGUGCAUCGAAUUUCCCGAUCUACGCUGAGGACUAUGGCCUGGUUGUGCCCAACGGUAGUUAUGCCAUUACAGCCAGUCACUGUGUGCUGUGCAGUUGUGGGUCCGGGAGCCGCAAUUUGUACUGUGAGCCAGCCCCAUUAGCAGUUUCUUGCUCGAGCAUGCAAUGCCCAAACAGUAAUCUCAUGAUUGGUAAUGUCACCGCACAACAAUCUGCAGGAGGAUGCAAUGUGACUUCCUGCAGUUACAGUGGAUUUGUGAACAAGACUAUAUCUGCUACGCUGUCCACAUACCUGCAACCUAGAUGCCCAGAGUUUCAAUGCGAAAUCGUGGAUGGUGUACUGGCACCCACGCCGAUUUCUUAUAGCUACACGCCAUUUGCUUAUAAUCAGCAACAAGGAAUCCAAAGUGGCAAAUUUUUAAGCAACAAACCGCGCAAUAAACGCAAGAGCGAAGGAGACGAGCCAUUGUCUUUUAGACUCUUCAAGUUCAUGAAUGGUGCCGAAGAAUACAUCAUCGAAGUCCAUGAGGUGUCAAUGGGUAUCGCUAGUCAAUCACAUAUACGAGUGUUCGAACAAGAAGGCGCAUGGCGUAUGCCUUCAACCGGAAGUGAUGACCUAGGAAACCAUAUGGUGCAACCGUGGUCGGAGGAUCCAGACCCUCCUUUAUUCAUAAAAAAUGCGGAGGCCUCGCUCCAAGAGCGUCUAACCGGUUGGACGCUUGAGAAAAGGCAAAGAUCUAAUGGAAAACAUGAUAUGUUCUAUUAUCACCGGCGAAAACAAUAUAGAUCCUUUUACGAGAUGGCGACAUUUAUACUAUAUGCAAACAAGAGGCCGGAGGAUCUACAAUUUACGGAUAAUGCCAAUGUGUGA